AUUAACAGUCAGAAUCAGUCAGAAAAAGAUCCUGUAGAUUUAUUUUGGGAAAUUACUGAACCAGUUGAUUUCUCAGAAGCCGACAGCUAUAUCACAGCUCAGCAAACAUCAAUACUUUGUUUUCAAACCUCAAAGAAACCAGGUAAUUUGAUUUCCUUGUUUUCCUGAAGCAACUAAUCAUGACCUGUGUGCUUUACUUUUGACUGAUUCCAGCACCAGUUUACAGAAACAAAACUCAAGGAGGGGCAGAUGGCAGUGCUGGACAGAACAGAAAGGAAUGUAGUUCGUGGAAACUGAAUUUCCCAGGGAUGUCAGUGAGCACAAAAUACCAACAAGAAAUCAAUGCUGCAAAGGGACAACACUAAUUUGCAAAACCAUUGAUGAGUGAACCGAUCAGGUAACGCAGCAGAGAAGCAGAAAUAAGGAACACAAUAAAGACUGGGUGGUAUGACACUUCAAGCAAGCUCCAACAUUCAGCAAUAGCUUCAAAUUUAUCUUCAUGUCCUAUCUCCAUAUCCAUUGAUUCACUCACAGCUAAAAGACCUGGUACCUUCAAUGUACUCAACCACUCAGCAUCUAGAUCUCCCCGGAUUAGACAGAUUCACAACCCUCCAAGUGAAGAAACUUUCUCAACAGAAUUCAAAACACUCAACCCCGCGGGAUCCUGAGGCUGUGAUCCCGAUGUCCAGCUGUGGAACAUCCUCAUGAGUGAAAGGUGCUGCCAGAUCUGCUGAGCUGUUCCGGCAACUGCUGUUUUUGUGUCAAGGUUUGACCGACAUCUUCAAAACCACGAGGGGUCUGAGCAGAAUUGAUCGGGAGAUUGAGAUUCAAAGAACAACAAUUUAAAGUUAUUGGCAAAUCAAUCUGAGGUGCUGAGACUCAAGCACAGACCGGGCACGUUAUUUUGACGAUGGGAAAGUUUAACUGAAACAGACAAAACUUUGCACCAACUUUGAGUGGGACCUUGGGCCGGAAGGGGUGUGGCCGGAAAAAAAGCGGGCGGGUGAAUGACGCGAUUCCGGUUUCCGGCCAUUGAUGCCAACCGCCCCGGGGGUAUAUGGCGGGACUGCCGCACCUGCCGCUCACUUUAGUCGGGCCAGUCGUCCGCUCCUACGCUAUCUUCUCGAAAGGACUGAGCCGGACUCUCGUCACCUUCUUCAACCUGGCCUGGAGGCUCCGCCUCAGGUUCCCCUACCUCUACCUGAUCGCCUCCCUGAUGCUAAAUGUCCGCCUGCAGGUCCAUAUUGAGAUUCACUAGUUCUGAGGUAUUUUUGAUGGAGAUGAUUUAAUGUUGGAACUACAACUUUGAUUUUUAAUCAGUAAACACUGCCAGCUAAUGCCAUCAUUUCAGAAUAUGCAGAGCGUGGAAGAAUUGAAGGAUUUUGGCCGUGCAUUGUAUCUUGUAAUUAAAGAUGGUGGUGAAGGCUCUUCAUCCAAUGAAAGCAGAGAUUAUAGACAUGGGAAUGAUGGUUAUGAUCAUGAUACAACUAAUGAUGGUCACAUAUUUUGCACACAGCCACAGGAUUUCAACUUUGUUUUUGGAGUAGCCAUCCCUAUAAGAGUCUGCCAUGAUGUUAUGCUGAAACAUGUUCUGUUACUCCAAGUUGUCAGAAAUAAGCCUAUUCCUUGGAGAAAGUGGCACAUUUUCCAUCAUUGUUUUCAAUCAGUCUUUCAGACAGUCCAUUGCCCUCUAGAUUUGAAGAGGGGAAAGAGAUUUCUGGAAGUGAUAUUUACUCAAAAUGCUCUGAUAAUGAUGGUUGACUAUCUACAAAGAGCCAUUCAGUCUUUAAAAAUCUUUGGAAUGUGGGUUUACACACCAGAAAUGUUGGUGCACUUUACAUAUUUCUGCUUGUUUGAGAGGCCAGCUGACUGCAAAUCAAAUUGGCCACAAUUCAAGAAUCCAAGAGACAAAUUAAGUUUCUCACUUACAUGUGGAUUGGACCUGAGGAAGAGGUGGCCUUGGGAUCUGACCGGCAUCUUUAUGUUUUGCAAAUAUCCAACACGCCUUGUGCAAACUAGCUGACCCUUUGUGUUCCUUGAGCUGCUGACUUUGGAGUGCUUUCUUGAAUAAGAAAAGCUGUCGCCUGAUUUGAAAUGUUCACCUUGCAAUGCAGUGGACAUUCGUAAUAAGGACUUUGUUCUAGCUGUUGUAUGGCAUGCUGUGUUAAAGGUAAAUUAAAGUUAUGCAGUAAAAAUACGCAAUUAUAAGAUAGCUUUUCAAAUACA